AUGAAAGGAAUACUGUCUGAUGAGCUUUUCGAUCACUAUGCUCUGCUGGUUAGAGGAAUUUACCUUCUCUGUCAAGAGUCAAUUUCCCAAGCUGAUCUAAGGAAAGCAGAAAUACUCUUGGCACACUUUGUUGAAAUAUUUGAUGUCUUUUAUGGUAUGUUUCAGAGUUAAGUACUUAGUGACACUCUAAAGUACAAUUUUGCAGCAAGAAUGCAAAACUACCACUGAAGUUUCUACAGAAGAAAGGAAAAUCACUGGCAGUUGUUCUUGCACAUGAAGAUGCACACGUCACCUUUAACACAUAUAUGCAACAGUAAAAGUGAACUUUCUACUUCAUUUAAUACUGGCACUUAAAUCCCCUACCACAGCAGUAUCUUAAUAUUUAUUGCUUUCAUGCCGUAAAAAGGGGUUUCUUAUAGGGAUUUGACGGUUGUGAAAAAAAUAUUUAUAAAAAGGAAAAUAUCUGGUUGAAAUAAUAAUAAUGAUAACAAAAAUAAUGAAAAUAACAAUAGUUAUAAUAAUUAUAAUAAUAAAACAGCAAAAAUGAGAUUAUGAAGUUGUGCUUUUAAGAGCGAUUCGGUUUUGAUAGUUAUUGUUUAUUGUUGUCUAGCUCCAAGGCAUCUGGUGUUAAAUGUGCAGAACUUGCUGCAUUUGGUUAAGAUGUAA